AUGGCGGAAUUGAAGGAGAUGGUCUACAAGUCUGCAGCUCAAAGACCAGUGAGGCUGAGUGUGGAGGAUGCAACGACGAAGCCAAAGAGAAAGAACGUGAGGAUAUCAAGUGACCCACAGACUGUCGCUGCAAGGCAGAGGAGGGAGAGGAUAAGUGAGAGGCUAAGGACACUGCAAACACUGGUCCCAGGGGGCAGCAAAUUGGACAUUGCAUCUGUGCUGGAUGAGGCUGCCAAAUAUCUCAAGUUCCUCAAGUCACAGGUCAAGGUUCUGGAAAACGGGUCUAAUCCAGCAAACACUAGUACCGCAGUAUCACCAUUCCCAGUGCCUCUGAACCAGGCUUUUCCCAUGCAGAAGAAUCUUUUUCGUCCACCCAAAACCCUAAACGCAUCCAAAAAGGUGAGGCAGAAUUAA